GAAAGAGUCCAACUCGGAAGCGGCGGUGUCGACUUCCGAGCAGGCGGGCGGAAGAGGAGACCUCUCCAGCGGAGACGGAAACCAAGCGACCUCCCUAGGGGUGGGGGAGGAGGGGUGCAGUCUGGGCGGGGCUGCAUGAGAAGCCCAAGCUGCGGGCCUCCCUCUCAUCAUCCCCCACCUUCAGUGGGCCGCGGGGUGAAGUGUUUUGGCAAUGGAGGCGUCUCCUUGGGCAGCUCGGGUCAAGCUACGCCGUGGCAGACAUGUUCCUCCUCCCUGGUCGUGCAUCCCAUAUUCAAAGAUGGCAACUAAUCUCACCCCUGGGGUAUGUCAGAUACUUCCUUAAAAGGCCUAGAAGAAACUUCCUCCUUGAAAGCCUGAAAAAUCAGCAUAUAUAACGCCUGGACUUGUGGAUAUUAGUCUGAAAAAAUGGCAGAAAAUAAUAUUAAAAAUGUAGAUGUAAGACCCAAAACCAGUCGGAGUAGAAGUGCAGACAGAAAAGAUGGUUAUGUAUGGAGUGGGAAAAAGCUCUCUUGGUCCAAAAAGAAUGAGCACUCUUCUGAUACUGACACACCAGUUGCCACAGAGAAAGUUGACAUCGCUGUAGGGAGCCCAGAAAGGAAGCACAGCUGUUCAUCCAUUGAUUUGGAUUUAGAUCAUUCAUGUGGGCACAGAUUCUUGGGCCGGUCUCUUAAGCAAAAAUUGCAAGAUGCUGUGGGGCAGUGCUUUCCCAUAAAAAAUUGUAGCAGUCGACACUCUUCAGUGCUCCCAUCAAAAAGAAAAAUUCUUAUCAGCGAACUCAUGUUAGAUAAGUGUCCUUUCCCGCCUCAGUCAGAGCUGGCCUUUCGUUGGCAUUUAAUUAAACAACAUACUGCCCCUCUAACUCCAAAAUCAGAUAACUGCAAAAGCACAGACUUAUCUGAAAGGGGUAUAAGGGAUAUCCAACUGAAGGAAAGAGCUAUCAGGGAAGAAAGUGUAAACUCUUUUUCACAUACUCAGGUUCAGCUUUGUGACACAACUACUGACAACCAUUCACUUCAUUAUGCUCCAAAGAUAGCUUCUGUAGUGAACCUGGCAUCUAAUAACAGUAUAGAAGAUAGUGAUAUGGAUUCAGAUGAUGAAAUUUUAACAUUUUGCACAAGUUCUAGGAAAAGAAACAAACCGAAAUGGGAAACUGAUGACGAAAUGCUGCAACUGGAAACGCCUCCUAAAUACCACACUCAGAUAGAUUACGUUCACUGUCUUGUUCCAGAUCUCCUUCAGAUCAAUAACAAUCCAUGUUAUUGGGGAGUAAUGGACAAAUAUGCAGCUGAGGCAUUACUGGAAGGAAAACCAGAGGGAACCUUUUUACUUCGUGACUCAGCACAAGAAGACUAUUUAUUCUCUGUUAGUUUUAGACGUUAUAGUCGUUCUCUUCAUGCUAGGAUUGAACAGUGGAAUCACAACUUUAGCUUUGAUGCACAUGAUCCUUGUGUAUUUCAUUCUCCUGAUAUCACUGGACUCUUAGAACAUUAUAAAGACCCAAGCUCUUGUAUGUUCUUUGAACCACUUUUAUCUACUCCUUUAAAUCGGACUUUCCCCUUUUCCCUUCAGCACAUAUGCAGGACAGUUAUUUGUAACUGUACAACCUAUGAUGGCAUUGAUACCCUCCCAAUUCCUUCAUCUGUGAAAUUAUAUUUAAAGGAAUAUCACUAUAAAUCAAAAGUUAGAGUACUCAGGAUUGAUGUACCAGAACAAUAAUGCCAGGGAGGAUUAGUGGUAUUUGCCUGACUGAUUACAUAAAAGCUCUUUCAUGGCUUUUCUAAGUUUUAUUUUCUUUUUACCAUUUUGAAACUUUUUGUGAGGCAAAAUUCAAAUUAACUUGUAUCCUAACCUUUAUUUUCAGAUGCUUUUUUUAGAGGGCUGGUGAUAUAAUGCUUUUUUUUAUUGUUGUCCACUAAGGCUUCAUGGACUUUAUGAAAAAUAGGUCUUCUGAGGCACCUUGUAGCAGUUAUUCUUUGGACUUAAAAUUUUAUUUUAAAAUUUUUAAUUGACAUUACUACAAACAUGUUAAAAUCAUCCUAUAAAUGACAAAUUAAAAAUUGAGUAUUUUUAUUUUACACAUUUCUUUAAUAUUAAGUCAAUGCCUACCAUAAAAAGUAUAAUUCUUUGUUAAUCUAAUCCUAACAUGACUAUUCCUAGGCGUAAAAUAGUUUUUCUAGUCUCUUUUUUAUUAGUGCUGCUCCAUUCUUCCAGUAAGAUGGGACUGUCCUUUUAAUAUUUAGACCAUGUUUCAGACUAACAUAGCAGACCUUCAUAAUUAAUUAAUAAUGGUAUUAAAUAUGACAGAGAACUUACCUGUAGAUUAAAUGAUAUAUCUGAUAGCAUAAGAAGCUUACACAGCAAGUGUCUGCAUAGUUUCCAGUUUGUUCUUUACUAAGAAUUUCAUCAUCAAUUUCCUGUAUUUCUCACUCUGCCAUAACUUUCUAGAUAGAAGUCUUUUAUUUAAGAAUAAAAUUUAUGCAGUAUUUCAAUUUUUAGAGGCUAAUUUGAAAGAACUAAGUAUCAAAGAUUUAAAAACUGAAUAAGCUUUAUUCUGCCAGUGAGGAUGAAGCGCAAAAAAAAAAAAAAAAAAAAAAAAAACUAUUUU